AGAAGGAGCAGGUCUGCAGUCUGAAUCUUGGCGUCGCACAGACCCGAGACGAAGCUGCGGGCAAGCGCUGCGAUACUGGGAAUACAUACGCAACAUACUGCAUAUUUCUCUCUAUACAAUAAGAUCACUGACCACACUCCAAUGUUGGCUGAGAACUUCUAAAACGAGGCGGCAUUUCUUGGAUCCGGAUAACCUCUGUGGCUACCCAUCAUUCGUCGUUCGUUUAUCCGAAUCUCGGUCUAGCGACGAGUUUAGACGUGGAUUAUCGGCACCGCAAAUGUUGUCUUUAAAUGGGGAUAAAUUAAAGAGAAGGAAAAAUAAGUGCUGCGGGACAAACUGAAGGAGGGAUCUCCUGGUUUUGACGUGAGUCUGGUAAUAACAAUUACAUAUGUGGAGCGGACGAGGGAUUUUCGUGAUUUUUUAUGCGUUCGGGAUAGAUCAGUGACCACUUGAAUCACGUCUCCCCUUUGGUUUGCCUUCCCUCCUUUCCCCCCUCUUUAGGUGUGAAAUCUAUCUUCUCACACAGAGACUCUGAACCCCUCGGUCCCCGCAUGACAUGGUUCAGUCCAGCUGCGAGAUCCGAGCCUCCUCCAUGCAUUGGGAUUUUUCUCAGCACCGACACCGAGUGAAUCUCCCUUUUUUGACCAUCUGAGAACUAUCGUGCCUGCCAGACCAGAGAAAAGCCCUGCCAUGACCGCCGCUUCAAACCGGGACGGAGCAACGGGACUUCCAAGGAGACCGGAAUGCGCAUGCAGGAAAGGGGACGGAAUACGGAUUUUUGCUCUAAUGAAGGCGGGAGUGCAGGCGCAUCAUUGGAGCCGGGUGCUGUUCUUAUAUAUGGGGCUACUGGCCGCCUCAGUAAAGGCUCAGAACUGCAGUUACACACUACACAGUCCCAAUGGGACGAUAGAAAGCCCCGGCUACCCCUACGGUUAUCCUAACUAUGCCAAUUGUACAUGGGUGAUUGUGGCGGCGGAGCACAACCGGAUACAGCUGGUGUUUCAAGGCUUCGCCCUAGAGGAGGACUUUGACAUCUUGUCUGUGUAUGACGGGCCACCCAGCCCAGGGAACCUGCGGACAAGGUUAACGGGGUUCCAGCUGCCUUCACCCAUUGUGAGUACAGGCUCCAGGCUCACACUGUGGCUACUAUCUGACUACGCCGUCAGUGGGCAGGGAUUUAAAGCAGUCUAUGAAGCUCUGCCCAGCUACACUUGUGGUAAUCCUGGACAGCUACUCAAUGGCCACCAGCAGGGGUCCACGUUCAACAUUGGGGACAAAAUCCGCUACAGCUGCAGCCCGGGCUAUGUGCUGGAGGGUCACACCACCCUGUCCUGCCUUGCCACUUCAGCGGGGACUGCUGCCUGGGAUUUCCCCCUUCCGUACUGCAGAGCGGAUGAUGGGUGUGGCGGGACACUGCGGGGCCAGAGUGGGGUGAUCACCACUCCCAAUUACCCAGCUGAAUACAACAACAACGCUGACUGCACCUGGACUGUGCUGGCUGAGCCAGGAGACACCAUUGCCCUGGUUUUCUCUGACUUUCAGCUGGAAGACGACUAUGACCUACUGGAGGUCAGCGGCACUGAGGGCUCUUCACAGUGGUUCACCGGCCCCAACCUUCCCUCACCCAUCAUUAGCAGCAAGAAUUGGCUUCGACUGCACUUUACCUCUGAUGGCAACCACAAGUUGAGAGGUUUCAGCGCCCAGUACCAAGUGAAGAAGAUGACUGAGCUUAAGUCUCGAGGUGUAAAGAUGUUGCCUAGCAAAGACAACCACCACAAGAUAUCAGUGUUGUCUCAGAUGGGUGUAGCGCAGGGACACAACAUGUGUCCAGACCCAGGGAUCCCAGAUCGAGGAAAAAGAAAAGGCUCAGACUUCAGGCGAGGAGCUACAGUGCAUUUCUCCUGUGACGAGGGUUAUGAACUGCAGGGCUCAAAGAGCAUCAGUUGUCUCAGAGUGACAGACAGCUAUGUAGGCUGGAGUGAUGAUCGGCCCAUCUGCAGAGCACCAAUGUGCGGAGGUCAGUUGAGAGGACCCAGUGGUGUCAUCACAUCUCCAAACUACCCAGUCCAGUAUGACAACAAUGCUAACUGCACUUGGGUCAUCACAGCCACAGACAUGUCUAAGGUGAUCAAGCUGACAUUUGAAGAUUUUGACCUGGAGCGAGGCUAUGACACCUUGACGGUGGGAGACGGCGAGGUGGUAGGAGACCAGAAGACCAUCUUCCAUGUCCUGUCUGGUACCACCACUCCAGACCUUGUGGUUAGCACCAGUCACCAGAUGUGGCUCAAUUUCAAAACAGAUGACACCAGUGGCUCCCUGGGCUUCAAGGUGUCCUAUGAAGAAAUUGACCAAGGCAGCUGCGGAGAUCCUGGAAUCCCAUCUUAUGGCAAACGGGAGGGGACAGGUUUUCGUCACGGGGACAGGCUCUACUUUGAGUGUCUGCCUGCCUUUGAGCUGGUGGGGAAAAAGAACAUCACCUGUCAGAAGAACAACCAGUGGUCGGCGAAGAAACCCAGCUGCGUUUUUUCCUGUUUCUUCAACUUUACCACUCCAUCCGGGGUGCUACUGUCUCCCAACUACCCUCAGGAGUAUGGCAACAAUAUGCACUGUGUGUGGCUGAUCAUCACCAACCCCGAGAGCCGAAUCAAUCUGGCCUUCAACGACCUCAGCAUGGAGAAACAGUUUGACUUCCUCUCGAUCAAGGACGGGGGAAAGGCUGAGUCUCCUAUCCUGGGUACCUUUUCCGGUGACGUCCUGCCUCCUUCUAUAACAACUAGUGCCCAUGUGGCCCGACUGGAGUUCCUGACUGACCACACCUACACAGACAGAGGCUUUAACAUCACAUUUACAACAUUUCGCCACAACGAGUGUCCAGACCCGGGUGUGCCAGUUAAUGGGAAGCGUUUUGGUGAGAACCUUCAGCUGGGCAGUUCCAUCUCAUUCCUGUGUGAGGAGGGCUUCGUUAAGACACACGGCUCGCAAACCAUCUCUUGCAUUCUCAAGGAUGGCAACGUGGUCUGGGAUAAUGCAGUUCCCCGCUGUGAAGCCCCAUGUGGAGGGGAUCUGAAGGCUCCCAGCGGGAUCAUCCUCUCCCCUGGCUGGCCAGAACUCUAUAAGGAGGCCCUUAACUGUGAAUGGAUCAUUGAGGCUCCUCCAGGCUACCCCAUCAAGAUCAUCUUCGACAAGUUCCGUACAGAGGUCAACUAUGAUGUCCUUGAGGUGCGUGAUGGACGUUUUCCCUCUUCACCUCUAAUUGGUAGUUACCAGGGCACCCAGGUUCCCCAGUUCCUCAUCAGCACCUCCAACUUCAUUUUUCUUCUCUUCUCCACUGACAAGAGCCACUCUGACAUCGGCUUCCGCAUACGUUACGAAACCCUGCAGUUACAGUCGGAUCACUGCGUGGACCCUGGUAUACCUGUCAACGGACAGCGACACGGCAAUGACUUCUAUGUGGGCGCUUUGGUGACAUUUAGCUGUGAGGCAGGGUACACACUUAGUGACACAGAGCCAUUAGAAUGUGAACCCAAUUUUCAGUGGAGCCGCCCCCUGCCUAGCUGUGAUGCAUUGUGCGGAGGUUAUAUCCAGGGCAACUUGGGUACCAUCCUGUCACCUGGCUUCCCAGACUUUUACCCGCACAACCUGAACUGCACAUGGAUAAUCGAGACCUCCCAUGGCAAAGGUGUCCAGUUCACCUUCCACACUUUCCACCUUGAGAGCCCUCACGACCAUUUGUUGGUGACUGAGAACGGCAGCUUCUCUCAGCCCCUGUGGAGACUGACGGGCUCCACACUGCCUCCGCCUCUCAGUGCAGGACUGUUUGGAAACUACACGGCUCAGAUCCGUUUCCUCUCUGACUUCUCUGUUUCCUACGAGGGAUUCAACAUCACUUUCUCAGAGUAUGAUUUGGAGCCAUGCGAGGAUCCUGGAAUCCCACCCUACAGUACCAGAAAAGGCCUGCAGUACGGAGUGGGUGACGCCCUCAUCUUCUCCUGUUUCCCGGGUUACCGACUAGAGGGUCCGGCGAGGGUGAUUUGCUUAGGGGGCAGGAGGCGGGUGUGGAGCUCCCCUCUGCCAAGGUGUGUUGCUGAAUGCGGCUCAUCCGUGACUGGCAUGCAAGGGGUGCUGCUUUCACCCAACUACCCCGGUUACUACGGCAACAACCACGAGUGCAUUUACUCUAUCCAGACUCAGCCUGGCAAAGGCAUCCAGCUACGAGCACGAGACUUCAGACUGGAGAAGGAUGACAUACUCAAAGUCUUUGAUGGCAGCAGUAAUAAGGCUCGUCUGCUGGGGGUGUUUACAGGCAGCGAGCUGCUAGACACAACCCUGAACUCCACCUCCAGCUCCAUGUGGCUGGAGUUCAUCAGCAAUGCGGAUAACACCAGUAAAGGCUUUGAGCUGCACUUCAUUAGUUUUGAGCUGGUGAAAUGUGAGGAUCCAGGUGUUCCCCAGUUUGGCUACAAGCGGGAGGACAAGGGUCAUUUUGCAGGGAGCACCGUGUCGUAUAGCUGUGACCCAGGCUACACCCUGAAAGGCCCCGAGGUGCUCACCUGCCUGAGGGGGGAGAGGAGGGCAUGGGACAGCCCCCUCCCACUCUGUGUUGCGGAGUGUGGGGGCAGCAUCAAGGAUGAGCCUUCUGGUCGUAUCCUGUCUCCGGGCUACCCAGCUCCAUAUGAGCACAACCUGCACUGUAUGUGGACCAUUGAGGCCGCCCCUGGAAGCACUAUUAGUCUGCAUUUCCUGGUUUUCCACACGGAGGAGGUCCACGACAUGCUUCGGAUCUGGGAUGGGCCCCAGGAUGGAGGGGUCCUGCUGCGGGAGCUGAGUGGCUCAGCGCUGCCCCCGGACGCCCACAGCACCUUCAACACUGUCAGCCUGCAGUUCACCACAGACUUCUUCACCAGCAAGCAGGGCUUCGCUCUGCAGUUCUCUGUCUCUACUGCAACCUCCUGCAAUGACCCGGGCAUGCCUACUAAUGGGACCCGCGGUGGCGACAGCAGGGAGCCCGGGGACCAUGUGGUGUUCCAGUGUGAUCCUGGUUACAUCCUGCAGGGGGCCAACAGGAUCACCUGCACUGAGAUCAAUGGUCGCUUCUUCUGGCAGCCAGACCCUCCAACAUGCACAGCUCCAUGUGGCGGGAACCUGACAGGUCCUAGUGGGCUGAUUCUGUCUCCAGACUAUCCUGAACCGUACCCCCAUGGAAGGGAGUGUGACUGGACAGUUGCUGUCACGCAGGACUAUGUCAUCGCUCUUAGCUUCAACCAGUUCAGCUUGGAGCCCAGUUAUGACUUCUUACAUAUCUACGAUGGACCGGACUCCCUCAGCCCCUUGCUGGGUAGUUUCUAUGGCACAGAUGUUCCAGAUCGCAUUGAGAGCAGCUCCAACACACUCUUUUUGGCUUUCCGCAGCGAUGCUUCCCUCAGCAGCAAUGGAUUUGUGCUGCAGUACACAGAGAACCCCAGGGAGUCUUGCUUCGAGCCGGGCUUGGUGCGCAAUGGGACACGGGUGGGCGCCGACCUCAAGCUGGGCUCCACUGUCACCUACCACUGCGACAGUGGCUACACACUAGAGGGAGACCCAACCCUCACUUGCAUCAUGGGAGGAGACGGCAAGCCGAGCUGGAAUAAACCCAAACCCAUCUGCAUUGCUCCAUGUGGUGGACAGUACUCAGGUUUGGAGGGAGUGGUCUUGUCUCCUGGUUACCCUGGCAACUACACUAGUGCACGAACCUGUCUGUACUCUGUGGUUGUGCCCAAGGAUUAUGUGGUCUUCAGUCAAUUCGCCUUCUUCCAGACAGCUCUGAAUGACAUUGUGGAGGUUUAUGAUGGGGCGACACAGCACUCCCGUGUUCUCAGCUCCCUUUCUGGAGCGCACACAGGCGAGUCGUUGCCAUUAGCAACUUCCAACCAAAUCCUGAUCCGCUUCACCUCCAAAGGACAAUCCAGCUCUAGAGGAUUCCACCUGGUCUACCAGGCUGUGCCACGAACAAGUGCCACCCAGUGCAGCUCAGUCCCUGAGCCCCGAAAUGGCCGGCGUAUGGGUAACAACUUCGCUGUUGGCGCUGUGAUCCGCUUUGAGUGCAGCCCAGGUUAUAUGCUGGAGGGAUCGAGUGCCAUUGAAUGUUUGACAGUUCCCAAUGCCCUGGCACAAUGGAACAGCUCCAUACCCAGCUGUAUAGUUCCAUGUGGAGGCAAUCUGACCCAUCGAACUGGCACCAUCUUAUCUCCUGGCUUUCCUGAGCCUUACCUCAACAGCCUCAACUGUGUCUGGAAGAUCACUGUUCCUGAAGGAUCAGGAAUCCAGAUCCAGGUAAUCAGCUUCGUCACAGAGCAGAACUGGGACUCGCUGGAGGUGUUUGACGGAGGAGACAACACUGACACCAUGCUUGGCAGCUUCUCAGGCACCACGGUCCCAGCUCUCCUCAACAGCACCUCCAACCAACUCUACCUCCACUUUUUCUCUGAUAUUAGUGUGUCUGCAGCUGGAUUCAGGCUGGAAUACAAAACGGUGUCUCUGACCAGCUGUCCAGAGCCUGUGGUUCCUAUGAAUGGCAUAAAGGUUGGGGAGCGUCUUCAGAUGAAUAAUGUGGUGUCUUUCCAGUGUGAACCUGGAUAUACUCUACAGGGAAACUCACAUAUCACCUGUAUGCCUGGAACCGUCAGACGGUGGAACUACCCACCUCCUCUCUGUAUAGCUCAAUGUGGUGGAAUCCGGGAGGAGAUGGAGGGCAUGAUUCUCAGUCCUGGUUUCCCUGGCAACUACCCUAGCAACAGUGACUGCACCUGGAGAAUCUACCUGCCAGUUGGUUACGGAGCCCACAUGCAGUUCCUCAACUUCUCCACCGAGGCCAACCAUGAUUUCCUUGAGAUACGUAAUGGGCCUCUAGAUACAAGCGCAGUGAUUGGCCGAUUCAGCGGCCAGGAAAUUCCCUUCUCCCUUCUCACCACCUCCCAUGAGACUACAGUAUAUUUCCAUAGUGACCAUUCACAGAACAAACCGGGGUUCAGAUUUGAGUACCAGGCUUAUGAGCUACAGGAGUGCCCUGAUCCAGAGCCUUUCCGCUACGGAGUGGUGGUGGGUGCUGGCUACAAUGUGGGCCAGUCUAUUUCCUUUGAGUGUCUGGCUGGAUAUCAGCUAAUGGGACAUUCCAUCCUCACCUGUGAGCAUGGCACCACGCGCAAUUGGGAUCACCCUUUCCCUCGCUGCGAAGUGCCUUGUGGUGGGAACAUCACAUCAGACAAUGGGACCAUCUUCUCCCCGGGUUACCCAGAGGAGUACCCUAGCUCAGCUGACUGCUCCUGGCUGAUCACCGUGGCUCCUGGCUUCGGCAUCAAACUCAACUUUACCCUGCUUCAGGUUCAUGGUCCUCACGACUUCAUCACCGUCUGGGAUGGUCCACAAGAGACAGCCAGGAAACUGGGAGUGUUCACUGAUGGAGAGCCCAAUGACCCACCCAGUAGCACAUCCAAUCAGGUGCUGAUACGUUUCCGUAGUAACACAGAGAAGGGUGGACUGUUCCGUAUCAGUUAUCAAGCUUACAGGCUGCAGUUCUGCCUGCCGCCCCCCAUCAUCCCCAAUGCAGAGAUCCUGAUGGCAAGCAAAGAGUUUAAAAUUGGUGAUAUAGUGCGCUACAGAUGUCUUCCAGGCUACCAGUUAAGUGGAAACAGCAUCCUGACAUGCCGGUUGGGGACACACUUGGAGUUUGAGGGGCCUCCGCCCUCAUGUGAUGUGACUUGUCCCAUGAAUGAGGUACUGACAGCUUCCACAGGUGUCAUCAUGAGCCAGUCACCAGGCAGCGGUUUUCCCCAUUUUGAGUCCUGCUCCUGGGUGGUCAAAGUAGAGCCUGGCUACAACAUCACCUUCACCAUUGAACACUUUCAGACCAGCCGUCAGUUUGAUGAGCUUGAGAUCUUUGAUGGCCCAUCCAGACAGAGUCCUCUCCUGAUUACCCUCAGUGGUAACUAUUCCAGCCCACUGAGCAUCACCAGCUCCAGUAACAAAGUCUACCUGCACUGGUCCUUUGAUCACACUACCAGCCACAAAGGCUUUCGCAUACGCUACUCAGCGGCCUACUGCAGCCCUCCAAACAACCCUGUAAAUGGCACAGUGCACAGUCUAACAGGCACUAAGCUGGGCAGCACCCUGCGUUUCAGCUGUGACCAGGGCUUCCGGCUUAUUGGCCAGAGCAGUGCCACAUGCACCCGGACUGCACAGGGGAUCUACCAGUGGAAUGCACCAGUGCCACUUUGCCAAGUCAUGUCCUGUGGAAUGCCAGUGCCUCCGGUCAAUGGCAGUAUUGUGGGCCAGGACUUCUCUUUAGGAGCCAGGGCCACGUACCAGUGUAAUCCUGGAUUUCGGCUUUCCGGGCCUGUCACCACCUCAGUGAUCUGUCAGGAAUCUGGGAGGUGGAGCCCCAUUGAGGCCCCGCCCAGAUGUGUUUCGGUGACCUGCCCUGACAUUGGCCACUCUGCUGUGGAACAUGGGAGGUGGAGGCUGAUCUAUGGAACUCAAAACCAAUAUGACACUAUAAUGAUGCUCAUAUGUGACCCAGGAUAUUACUACAGGGGACAAAGGGUCAUUCGCUGCCAGGCCAACAGCACCUGGAACUACCCAGAUCCACGGCCAGUCUGUGAGAUCAUUUCCUGUGGGGACCUUGGGACUCCACCAAAUGGCAACAAGAUUGGAACGCUGACUGUGUAUGGAGCCACUGCCAUUUUCUCCUGCAAUACAGGAUAUACCUUGGUGGGCUCUCGGGUACGAGAGUGUAUGUCCAAUGGGCUUUGGAGUGGAACACAGGUCCAGUGUCUAGCUGGACAUUGUGGCACCCCAGAGCCCAUAGUGAAUGGACAGAUCAUUGGGGAAAAUUAUAACUAUAGAGGCAGCGUUGUGUAUCAAUGUAACCCAGGAUUUCGUCUCAUCGGGGUGUCGGUGCGGAUCUGUGAACAGGAUCACAGAUGGUCAGGACGCACUCCUGUCUGUGUCCCCAUCACUUGUGGUCACCCUGGCAACCCUACCUUCGGUAUGACCCAAGGAACGCAGUUCAACUUAAAUGAUGUUGUGCGCUUUGUCUGCAAUACCGGAUAUGUUCUGCAGGGGGCUUUAAAAUCUACCUGCCAGGCCAAUGGGCAGUGGAGCAACGCCCUCCCCAAGUGUAAGAUUGUGAACUGCACAGAGCCAGGCCAUGUAGAGAACAGCAUCAGGCAGGUACUGCCCAGCGGGCCGCAUCGCUACAGCUUCCAGACAACUGUGUCGUACCGCUGUAACCCGGGAUACUACCUUCUGGGCACUAGCUCCAUCUCUUGCCAGGGGGACGGUACCUGGGACCGCUCCCUGCCCAAGUGCCUGUUGGUGCUGUGCGACCGCCCCAGCAUGCCUCCCUACGCCCAGAUCUCAGGCGACCGUCGGACAGUAGGCUCAGUCAUCCGCUACAGCUGCAUCGGCCAGCGUACCAUCAUCGGCAACACGACGCGAAUGUGCCAGCUGGACGGCCAGUGGAGCGGCUCGCCGCCACACUGCUCUGGCGAGUCUGCCGGGCUGUGCGGAGAUCCAGGCGUUCCUGUGCAUGGUAUUCGUCUGGGAGAAGAGUUCACAGUGGGCAGUGUGGUCCGUUUUAGCUGUGAGCCCGGCUAUAUGCUAAAGGGUUCGCCAGAGAGAAGUUGCCUGACCAAUGGGACCUGGCUCGGCACCCAACCUGAGUGUCAUGUGAUCUCCUGUGGAAACCCGGGAACUCCACGGAAUGCCCAGAUCCUGAUCCACGAUGGCCUAACGUUUUCCAGAUCCAUUACUUAUGCUUGCAGGGAGGGCUACUACUCUACUGGCCUGCUCACCCGACACUGCACUGUUAACGGGACCUGGACUGGCAACAUGCCCGAGUGCUCUGUAAUCAACUGUGGUGACCCUGGAGUGCCAGCCAAUGGGGUGAGGUUGGGCAAUGAUUUCACGUACAACCACACAGUCAGUUUCCAGUGUUCUCCUGGUUUCAUUAUGGAUGCUGACCGGGCCUCGACUCUUAUCUGCACCAAGGACCGCACCUGGAAUGGCACCAAACCUCUCUGUAAAGCAAUCGUGUGUGGUCCACCACCUACCAUCCCUAAUGGACAGGUUGUCGGUACAGACUUCACCUGGGGCUCUAGCAUCAGCUACUCCUGCAACCAAGGUUACCAGCUGUCCCUGCCCACUGUGUUAACAUGCCAGGGCAACGGCAACUGGAGUGGAGAGAAACCCCAGUGCUUCCCUGUGUUCUGUGGAGACCCAGGGAUGCCAGCCCAGGGGAGGAGGGAGGACCGAGGAUUCACCUAUCUCUCCUCUGUCUCUUUCUCCUGCUACCCUCCCCUCGUCCUGGUGGGCUCUACCAGGAGAUAUUGUCAAUACGAUGGCACCUGGAGUGGCACACAACCGUCGUGCAUAGAUCCCACUCAUACCACCUGUGGAGACCCUGGCACUCCUCUCUUUGGAAAUCAGAACAACAGUCAUGGCUACCAGAUCAGCAGCACUGUGUUCUUCAGCUGUAGAAAGGGCUACUUACUUCAGGGCUCCAUUUCUCGUACUUGUCUGCCCAACCUCACUUGGAGUGGUUUUCAACCUGAGUGCAUUGCUCACCACUGCAGCCAGCCAGAGCUGCCAGCUCAGGCUGAUGUGAGAGCCAUUGAACUGCCAUCCCUUGGCUACACGCUGAUCUAUACAUGUCAGCCUGGCUUCUACUUGGCCGGAGGAUCAGAGCACAGGACCUGCAGGUCCGAUGGGAGCUGGACAGGGAAACUGCCUGUCUGUGCAGCUGAUAAUCGCCCAAGUGGUAAGAGCCCAGUGGGGACAGUGCAGGAGCCACCCUCCAAACUACCAGUCCCUGGUGGUGUAUUUGCUAAGAACUCUCUCUGGAGGGGAUCCUAUGAGUACCUGGGGAAGAAGCAGCCGGCUAUGCUCAGCAUCACUGCCUUUGAACCCUUUAGCAACCGGGUUAACGGGACACUUAUCGACCAUAGUGGAGUGGAACUCAAACUGGCCGGUACAUAUAAGAGGGAGGAAGCUCAGCUGCUGCUACAGGUCCACCAGAUCAGAGGCCCUGUGGAGAUCUUUGUCAACAAGUUCAAAAUAGACAACUGGGCCCUAGACGGACAUGUGUCCUACAUCUCUUCAUCCAACUCCUUUGUGUACCAGGGAUUUGUCAGAGGAAAAGGCUUUGGCCAAUUUGGUCUUCAGAGACUGGAGAGUUUAGAUCCCAGCAGAGACAACCCAGGCUACAAUUUUGCAUCCAACAGCAGUUCAGUGGCGGCAGCCAUCCUAGUGCCUUUUAUAGCCAUGAUCAUUGCAGGCUUCGCUCUGUACCUCUACAAACACAGAAGAAGACCCAAAGUCCCCUUCAAUGGUUACGUGGGCCAUGAGAACACUAAUGGACGGGCUACAUUCGAGAACCCUAUGUAUGAUCGCAACAUCCAACCCACUGAUAUCAUGGCCAAUGAGACAGAGUUCACAGUCAGCACAGUGUGCACAGCUGUAUAGCAACUGCUUCCUCCAGAGUUAGGGGAGGAGAAGUGCACCACAUCUUUGCCUGCCUGCCACCAGAGGACAUCCAUAGUUCCUUGAGCAGAGGGCAAGACAAAGGUUAUUUUAUUCGCUGAAAUACAUUCAAGAAGCAUCUCCAGUGGCAAAGGCUCUUACCCGCAGGAGACGAGAAAAAAAAGAAACCAUGUGAAGACAACAAUGACUGUAACAAAUGCCAACAACAAAAUGCUUUUUGUAACUUUACAUGGUUUUUUGAUCAUUUUCCAUAUUUUGAGGAAACGCGUCCUCCUGAAACUGCAGCCGGCAGGAGUAACGCUGGAAGCAAAGCUGUGAUGACUUUCUCACCACCCUCCGCCUAAACCCAAAGGGAAUUUUAUGGUCAACUUUAAGUCAAGAAAUUGACCUGUAGCUAACAGAAAUCUCUGUGCGAGUGAACUGUAUGGCGGACGGCCCCAUGUUGGCCUGUGUGAGUCAGAGAGAGACAUUGUGGACUGUUUCGAUUCACUCUUCUCUCUGUUUUCCCUCUUUUGUUUUGUUUCUUUGCUCUCUUUUUAUACGCUGCUUGCUUUCUGUGAUGAGUAAUUGGGAACCCGUUUUUUCCCACAGCCGUCUGCUCCUGGGUCUGUUGAAAGGUUUCAUCGAAAGGCCCAGAGUCUCUGGCUGGGGAUGAAUAAAAAAUUCAGUAAGUUUUGAAGGCCAUGUUUGAGACACACAUUCUAUCAUUACUUUUUGAGCUUGACUCAGUCCUCUUUUUUUGGUUUUUUAUUUGAAGCAGGGAUGAAAUUCUGCUUGCUGAGGCAGCUGUGUCCAGAGCAGGGGUUAAAAGGUAGCUAGGGCUGCUGAAAAAAGCAGAGUGAGGUUGUAGAGGGAAUUUAUGUGUAUAUGUGAGUGAGAGAGAGUGUGUGCACGUGUGUGUAUUUCUGCACACAUUUGUGGUGGCUGCAUCUGCAAUUUACCAAAAUUUCUCCUGUCUGCUUUGGCCCCAGAGAUUCCACCAAACACAUAAUAUGCUAAAAUUUCGCCACAUUUAUUUUUAGUUAAUUCUGUUUUCAGAAAUGCUAAGGAUUUGGUUUAGGAUUAUCACUAUACCUGGAUGCUCUGGACACCAAUAAAAUAAAAGGCUACUCAGAACAAAUACUGACAAUGUACAGACCCACUGAGAAAACUAAAACUGAAGGCAGUGUCAGUCUCUAGUUACAACUUUCAUUGGCUUUGUUUUAGUGAUUCAUAUGCAAUCACUUUACAUUUUUGUGUCUGAGAGAAACUGAAAAGAAAGUGUGGCUUGCCAAAUCCACCUCUCUAACCAACCUAACCUAAAUCAAAAUGUUAAACAAGAGGCAAUGCUCUCAGAUUUGCUUCACAUAAGCAUCAGUUACGAACUUCCUGCCACUGUCGCACUGAGGCACUUGAGGAGAAAAAGACAUUGGCUGGUCAAAGUAGUGAUGGCAACUGUGAUACAGUAUAUAUCCAUGGAUAUAUAAACACGCCUUGGGACCACAUCUCUUCUUUUUUUCCCCCUUCAUUUUCCAAAAAUCAGAACAAAGCUGUAGCACUAAGUCACAGAGCAACAAGUGGCACAUUCUCCUUGGAAAGACUGCUAGUCUGAUGUCAAAUUCUCCGCUUUUGACUUUCUUUUUAAUCUCGGAUCCACCUUUACAUGCUUCUACGGCUCGAAGGUGGUACGUGCCGUAUUUUCUCUGAGAUCAAGAUGCAGUAUGAGCUCCCUAAACUUGGCCUUAGGAAAACAAAGAUCAAAGUGUGGUCAUGUUUGAACUCCCUCAAAAUGUUCAACUGAAGGUGCUUGAGUCUAGAGAAUGGAUGAGUCAGUGAUUUGUUCCCCCUGGAUUACAUUCAGGUCUUUUCCUCCAAGUUAACUUCUGACAGCUCCAUCCUUUUGAAAAGGAGUAGUGUUGCUUUGUUUUGUCUUCGCUCUUCAUGAAAAUGUUGCAGAAGGCUUCCUAGGAGCCGUGACAGCAGGGGAGUUUGCUGGCAUACUGAUUACUUCCAUGCAUUCAAUUGGAAAGGAUAAAUAUGAUAUGGGAAAAAAGUGUUAAUGCCUCUAAUGCUAACACCCCUCAAAUCUGUGGCAACUGGGGAGUGAUAUACAGAAAAUAUUGUUUUGAAAGUGCGACACAGGAGGGAACUGUCAUCAAAUAUAACAGGAAGACGCUACCGUGGCUGGUGAAUGACACGCUUGAUGAGAAGAGAGAAUUCAAAACAUUAAUGCUUUUGUGAACCUUAUAAUGUGUGUGUGUAUGUGUGUGUAUAUUGUGUAAGAGCAGUGGAGUCAAAGGAAGUAACCCUACUGGAUUUCAAACACCCUACUCCCAGCUGUUUGCCACUUACUAUCCCCAUACCUGUGUAUCCUGUGGAUGCUGAGUGGGGUGAAUAGUGCUCGAAUUUCACUGUGGCAAAUUGAGCCAUUACAUGCAAUUUGCUUUAAUUUAGCCUUGCUUCAUUGUCGAACCCAUAUCGAAUCCUGAAAUGAUCUUAUCAUUAUCACUGACAGGACAGAUCCUCAAUAAUGCAAUGUCUGACUCCAAAAGAAGCAGUCUAAAACAUCCAUACUUCUUUUAUUUACCAUGUACCCUUUGGCAUCCUUCUUUUUAGUGUUAGGGCUUUCACAGUCAAAAUCAACCUCCAAACAGGUUUUUAAAUGAAGUCUUUAAAAUCACCUACAGUACAUAAUUUCCCUCAGAAAUCCAGGCCUCUGAAACCAAUCACUCUAUUGUUCCUUCAAUCAGUUUCGCUGUGGGUCGGUAAUUGCUUUUACAAUUUUAUUACUUUUAAAGCUCUCGCUUAUCUCGACAGUACAGAUAGAAUAUUGCCCCUUGCCUGCUCUGGUCGUGAAUUGAUGGAAAAGGAAACGAUUGAAUUACCCUCAAGAUUUCACGGGGAGAGGAGCAGUUGCACUCACAUUUGAAGGCAUUGGUACUCGGUUCUCAUAGUUUUGUGCGGUUGUUGCGUUGUGCAUUUCAUUUGUUUUUAUUCUGAAAUUGUUCCAAAUAUUUCAGCACAGUCAAUAGCUUCAUUACAUUCCAGUUAGUUUCUGUUCAGGCCGCUUUGAAGUGGUCUUUCCCCUCCAUUCAUUCCUCCCAUGGCAACAUUUAACACACAUUACGCAACACUUUAUUAAGGUGUGCUGAGUAGUAAACAAAUGUGAUUAGUUAGUGCGAUAGGACAUGAUGCCCCCACUCUCCAGAUGGAACUGAUUCUAUUUGACUAGAUUUAGACAAACAUUAUACAGAAGCAUAAGCUUACACAACUAUGAUUGUUUUUACCAACAAGGGCUCAGUCUCAAGAAAUUCAGAAAUGGUUUUAAAGGGCCAGACUCAUACAUUUUCCAUGUUUUUGUACCUCCUCCAGUCUCCAAUAAGCACUUUAUGUUCAUUAUAGUGCCUUGGUACAACCCCAUGAUAUGAUGAACCAGCUUGAGUGUCUCUAUUUUUGUGUUCAGGAAUUCCAAUCAUCAUCAUAUUUUUUAACUAAGGUUAUAAUGUUUUCAUGUCAGAUAUGAAAUUAGAGCUCUUUUUUCUGGCUUUCGGUCAAAUCCUUGUUAUCAUCUCUGCCUGUACAGUAUAACCCAGACUCCCACACACUGACACACACCUACUGAAGAAACUGGGAGCUCUUUGCAUCUGUGUUUUUGAUCUUAUGGGAAAAAACAGUGCUUGUUAUCAUAUCAGAGAAAGCAUCAAAUGUUGCCUUUUUUUUUUUUUUUUUUUUUUUUUUUUUUUGCUUUUCCUAAAUGAGCUUUGAGCUCAUUAGUACUGUAUUUCGGUGUGCAAGGAUAUUCUUGGAUUUUAUGUGCUUGCCUACAUGUUUGGCUGAGUGUUUUGUUGUGGGUGUUUUUGAGAGUUUAAACCAAACCAAAGAAAGUGAUUCAAAGUCAACCAAAUUAGAAUUAGGCAAAAUUACAUAAAUUAAGAUGUUGUUUUAAUCAGUUCUUGAUGUUGCUUCAUUUAGUUACACUAGUUAGAAAAGUUUUUAACAAGACAUUUUCAAAAAUUCAUGCUGGUAGUUUUGCAGAAAUGGGAGUUUUCACUUAAUGGGUGCUACGUCUAUAGAAAUAUUUUCUUUUUAACCCAUCUGGGUUAGUCCAGAAAGUUCUCAAAGAAAGUGCAGUACAGUUAUAUGAAAAUUAAGAUCAGUGAGUUCUGGAUGGAGCUGUGCUAUAAGAGUUUGAAAAGAGUCAUUCUUAAUAGCAGCUGGCUACUUCCUGGUUCUCUUUGCAUAUUUUAAGACAGAAACUCUGUUCAUCCCCAGGUUCAUUUUCGUUAUCAGCCAGACACAGCUCUGAGUUCUCUCCUGCUCACCAUCUCUUCUAUAAUGAAACACACCACAGCUACAGUAUGUUCUUUGAGUUCCCAUCAAGUUCACUGAAUUUUCAGUCAGGGACUAGACUAAAAGCUUCCCAUUUCUUUCUGCAGCUAGAGCUCUCACUUUUCUGCACAGGCCACAGUGCACAUGUAUUGAAAAACCAAGCAAUCUAUCAGUCAUGCUGUGUGACAUAUUCUGCAUCAACUAUCAUUUGUAAUCUCCCGUCUUUCAUUGUCACCGCAUAUUGACGGCUACGACAAAGCCAUGCUUACUGCUGUCAGGCCCAUUCCAUGCAAUUUGCCUUCACUCUUCAGCCCAUUUUGGUGUGCCUAGUGGACUCAAGCAUGGGUGAGAGCGAAAGGAGAUGUAUUUUGAAAAGUUUAGAUGAAUUUUAUUCUAUAAAUGGAGAUAAGAGUGGAUGGGUAGUUCUAUGAGUUGUUAUCAGAUCAGUGAAGUUUUUACUGAAAAACUGCUGAAUGUAUUUCAUUUCACUGAGUGCAUCAGAAUUUAUCUAUCUAUACUGUGUUCAAUAUCCCACAACUGCUCCUCUGUUUGUGUGCUGUAAUGGAAAAGAAUCUGUGCUGUCACAAUGUGUGAUCCUUGGAAUAAAAACAGAAUGUCCAAUUUAUUUAUCUAGAGAAUAAUAUAGCAAAAAUAUUUAUAGAGAGCUGCUUUUUAGCACCACAGACUUUACAUUCCUCUAUGUUUGUCAUGGCAACAAAGUUAUUAUAAGGUCCCAUGUUUUUUUUUUCUUGUCCAUAACAUUAUUUCAUGACACCCCAGUAGAUCUCUAGCCUCUAAACGAGACUAAUACUCAUGACAACCCACAGCGUCUAAGCAAGAUCAACAAGGCCCUUGAACGCCACUACAAAUCAACAAAACAGUAAAAGACAUUGUCAGUGUCUUGCUGUACACCAAAAGGGUUACCUGUAAAGAAAUGGACAAACAUGGACUUGAGCAGACUGUGUGUAACUACAGAGAGUAACUAUAGAGGGAAAGUGUCUCUAAGAAAAGAGAAUAUGUUAACGAAUAAAAACUUUUUUUUGUACAGAGAUAUAUUUUUAUGAAAAUACAUUUGUAAUAUAAAAAGAAAAAUGGAUUGACAUAUAUGUAAAUGUUUUUUCUUUUUCAUUAUUGUAGUACAAAUGCUAGUGGGGAGUAUAUGAAAAAUCUCUAUAUAUAUAAAUAUAUAUAUAUAUAUAUAUAAAUAUAUACAAAGAAAAAUAGAAACAAGGCUUUUUGUAUAUGUAAAAAAGAUUGUACAUAAAAGUUUACAUACAUACUGUACAUAUGUAAGACCCACCAUGGCUUGUCUGCAAUAUAUAAAAUGUAUUUUAUCCGUCUGUAUAUGAUGCUUUGCAUUGUGUCUAAGCUUAUUCUACUUUCUUGAACUUGAAACUUAUUUUGAAGGUUUUGGAAUAAAAUAUAAAACCUA